AAGACACCGCCUGCCAUUUUCUUGUUGCCAGCCGAUCGUGGAGGGGCAAUGACAGUUAAAAACAGCCGAAGGUUGACCAAAGACAUAUUCCGACAUCUUUUGUCUUCGAACUAGUUGUUCUCAUGUUAAAGUCGAAUGCGAAUUAUACGCGAGUGAAAAGUUAAGACAUAUAAACCGAUCUAACUACGACCAUUUUGAAUAAUGAAAUCAACGAAGUAAGAGGACAUCGAUAGUUUUCUAAAAAAAAAAAAAAAAAAAAAGCAAACGUAUUAAGGUUCUUCGAGAAAGGAUCAUUAUCUACGAGAGGUGCAAAUUGAAAUGAGAAUAAAAAAUGAAAUUGAAACUUUGAACGUCCAUUUAAUAUCGAUAAUAAUAAUUUAAGGGAGGAUAAAAUAAAACGAAAAAAAGAAAAAAAGAAGAAAAGAAAAAUAAGAAACGAAACAAAAAAAGAAAUAAAAUAAAACAAGAGGAGAAACAAUAAAGUUUAAAAAAAGAUGUGGUUAAAGCUAGGUCUCUUUGGCGACUAAACAGUGAUCUUAGCUCGAGCAUAACGUCGGUAGUCCAUAAAUAUUAUUUUGGCUCGGAUCUGUGUUCGCACGAGCCUUGUCGUGAGUAAUGUACGUCGACCUCUUCACUGAGUGAAAGCGAACGGGAAGGGACUUUUCAAAAAGCACAACGUUAGCGUAACCUUCGAAAUUAAUAAUAAAAGAACGAAGGUGAGAAACUGGAUCCGUAGAAGAAAAAUCAAAGUGACUAUAUAAAAUAAGUGUCCAAUGUGAACAAGUUGAUCGGAGGGACCGAUCGUAACUUCGACCCGUAAAGGAUGCAGUAAAACGAGUGAAUUAUCGAGACAAGUGUCGCGGGAGUUAGCGAGAUAUUUAUGUGACUAAGAACUCAAAGAGAAUCUUCUUUACUGUUAACGAAGAAUUAUAUCCCGAGGAAAAUAAGUCUUCCGGAGAAAAAAAGAAAUAUGGCCGAAACAGAGAAGAAAUAUAGUUCGGCGUAUGGAAAAUUAAGAAGAUUGACCAGCACGAUCGAUUGUCAAACGAGACAAAUAAGCUCCGAGUAUGGUCUCACGGAAGAUCAAGUGGCUGAAUUCAAAGAAGCAUUCAUGCUGUUCGAUAAAGACGAGGAUGGAACAAUCACCAUGGCUGAACUUGGUGUGGUCAUGCGAUCUCUGGGACAGAGACCGUCCGAUACGGAACUACGAGAUAUGGUGAAUGAAGUGGAUCAAGAUGGUAAUGGUACCAUCGAGUUUAAUGAGUUCCUGCAAAUGAUGUCAAAGAAGAUGAAGGGAGCAGACGGGAAGGACGAAUUACGCGAAGCGUUUAGAGUAUUUGACAAGAACAAAGACGGCCUGAUCUCAUCGAAGGAAUUACGGCACGUAAUGACGAAUCUCGGUGAAAAAUUGUCGGAGGAAGAAGUCGAUGACAUGAUCAAGGAGGCGGACUUAGAUGGUGAUGGAAUGGUUAACUAUGAAGAAUUCGUGACAAUUUUGACGUCGAAAAAUUAGUUCGUUGGUCGUCUAAUCCGACGACGAUGUUGAUGGAGAAGAAGAAAAAGAAGAAGAAGAAGAAAAAGGAAAGAAGGAAGCACGCAAAGUUCCUCGCCAGGAUCGUAGAUGGAAAGAAGGACGUUUAUUGCGAUAUCCUAGCAUUCAGCAGCACCAGCAGCAACAACAGCAGCAGCAGUAAAAGAAGCAACCACAGCAGCAACAAUGUCAAAAUCAUCGUCCUAAAAGUAACUAAAUGAGCGUGUCGAGUCAAUCGAAAAUUCUCGUCGAAUUUAUCGAUUCUUCGCGUAUGAAAUUAAAACAAACAAACAAACAAAAAAUAAAAAAGAUUAAACAAAACAAAGGAAAACAAAGGAAAAAAAAGAAACAUUGAAAAAAUAUGAUGAUGUUCGCCGAUCUUUUAAAGGAAAAACAUGUGUCCGCACGCGCGAAAAAGACACAAUACACACAUACACGGUACACGAAAAAAGACGAUACGCGUACACACCUCGCUUCCUUUGGAAGGAAAUGAAGAAGAUAGAAAGAACGAAGAAAAUUUAGAAAGAUUCCUAAGUAAGAACGAAUGUCUAUGAAAAGAAAGAGAGAGAGAGAGAGAGAGAGAGAAAAUGGAAUUAACAAAGCGAGGUGGUCGUUCCCGAAACAAUCAACUGAGCUUCGUUUAACAUUUACCUACUCUACUUAAUGCUAAAACGUAAAAGAAUAGUUGUUACGAGUACCAUUUAGGAAAAAUUCAGAUAAAAGAGAAACAUCCUUGAAUCCAAAUCCUCGAAUCCUUUUCCCUUUUUUUCCUACCUCUUUCCCAUUCCCCUUUAAUAAUUAAUACGACUUAUGAUGUGAGAAAAAAAUAAAACUAUAGUUAGGUCGUGUAAAAGCGGGUUUAUUAUUAGCAUAUGCGGUUGCCGUUUACGUAUGCUAUUAUUUCCCAGGAGCAAACUUGUAACCUCUCGAGGCAUAUGUGUUACCGCUAAUUUCCCUCCCAUUCCUCUUAUCCACAAGCGUUCCCUAUCCUUCACCGACUCUCUCUUCCUUAGAUUAUAUAUGUAUAUUCUUGGUGGACGAGGCUAAUAUAAGUUUAAUGAAAAAGAAAAAAAAGGAGAAUAAGAAGAGAUAGGAAAGGAAUAAUAAUAAUAAUAAUAAUAACAGGAACAAAAAAUAGAGAAAAAACAGAAAAAUAAAAACAAAAAAAAAUGAAGAUUACGAUAAGGACCGAUUUGGGAUAUUAUCACUUGUCGAUUCGCUUUUUCGAGUGACUUGAGCGUGAGAGCGUGCAGCAGCUAUGUAUAUUAGUCGACAUUUUUACAGUAAAAAUUAUUACACGAAAGGCAGUCGCAACCUCGGACGGCAGACGACUACUAUUACUACUACCACUUACUACUAUUACUAAUACUACUACUACUACUACUAUUACUACUACUACUACUAUUAUUACUAUUAUUACUAUUCUAUUAUUACUAUAUUACUAUUUCGGUAAUAUUGCGAGCAGCAGUUUUUUCAAAGGUGUUCAAACGUCGUUGUCAAUCGCAUAGCCCCCUUUAUAUCCGACGAGGAAAAGAAAGUUAAAAGAAUUCCAUGAGCGCGUUGAUCGCCUUUUUCUCGAGUAUAUAUAUACAUAUACGUAUAUGUAUGUAUGUAUAAGAAUUUGGUAAAAAAUGAAAUAAAAGUGAAGACGGAAGAGAGAAAGAGAAAGAGAGAGAGAGAGAGAGAGAGACAAGUGGAGCAGAUUUCCUCAAAAAUGUAUAUAGAUCAAAAUAUAGCAGAAUCUACGGUACGCACAAGUUUCAGCUUUUCUCGCUUUACGAUAAAGAAAAAAAAGACAUAAAAACAAAAGGGAUUAGAAGAAGAAGAAAAAUAAAAUAAUAGAAAAUAAAAAAAGGAAAAUAAAAUAAAUCCUAGUUUUCAUCUCGCUCAUUGUUAAUGUUUCGUACGCCACACUUGAUGAAAGGACAAACCUAGAGAGAGAGGAAGAAAGCGACAGAGAAAGACAGAGAGAGAGAGAGAGAGAGAGAGAAAAAGACGAUCAAAGAGAAACGACGUGCUUCCUUCGAGAAAAGAAGAGAACGAGAAAAAGCAGAAGAACAAAAGCUUUCUCCUUCUGCUUUAACCUCUGCCGUCGCUAAAUUUGUCUCUUCUUCGUUUGCUAAAUUAUCAGCAAAACGUGUCCCCCGACAAUUUGCGGCGAAAGGUGAUCAAGAACAACACGCUCGGCGCUCACUAUCCUCCUCUGUCUCGAUGUUCAAACUGUGAAAAAAAAGAAACAAAAAAAA